AGCUUACAGUGAUGCACAAUUGAGCAAUUUGAACGAGUUUCUGAACAAUAUUGUGAUUCUCUUCUGUAGAACAAGCAUCAUUCUGGCGAGUCUGCGUAUAGACCCAUUCACAAUGGCGUUGAAGGGAUUUGCACCUCAAAUUAAACGCACAUUAAAUCGUGUAGGACCUCUGUUUAAUCAGCAGAAAAUCACACUUUUGUUACAAUACAAAACGCCCCAAAGACGGGCGGUGAAGAGAUAUCUAGGUACUUCUUGAAGCAUGGUAGACUUGUGGCACAUGGAGUUACACGCGACUCCUGAAGCCUUCCAACGCGAAAGCGAGACAUUUGAUCGUCAGACAAAGGCAUUUGGUUAUUCUUGAGAUUUACCGGUAAAUGUCUGAAGAAAAGCGUUAUCAUGAUUAUUUCUGACAUUUACCGCUUUGCUUAAACCUAUUACAGCCUCAAACCCUUCCUGUCAUAUAUAUGCACUCCUAUCUUUUUGAGUAUUUGGUUGAUCAGUUUGCACGCAGUACAGACACAUGCGUCAAUGUGAAUUAUGCAGUAGCGAGCUCAAUAUAAGGGGUUUUUCAUGAACGUUGACGGUGUAAAGUUACAUGUAGCUGUUUCACAAAUGAGGAUAGGAGAAUAACACACAGCUUCAUGAAACUCAGACUGAAGAAAGCAACUUCUCUGCUGUUGGCUCUGUUCAUUGCUGUGUGUUCAGGACAGGACGAGGGCACUGAACAAGGGUCUGUCUAUGUGUCUGGCACCGAGGUCACUCUCACAUGCCCAUUUACAUACACUGAAGAAGGGGACAUUACAUGGAAAGACAAAAAAGGAGGCAUAGAAGAAGAGAAUAGGCUAACUUUUAAAACAUACGACAAAACAAAGGACGGCUUAUAUCACUGCAUCUUUAAAGGAAAGCAGUAUAGUUUUUACGUCAAAGCGAAGGUGUGUGAAGGCUGUGUGGAGGUGGAAGUGGUGCAGGUGAUUGGAAUCAUCUUUGCAGACCUGCUGGUGACUGUGGGUGUGGCUAUACUGGUGUACUACUGGGCUCAGAACCGCAAGGGGGCAACUGCCAUGGCACCAGCAGCACGCCCCGGCCGUCAGAAUCGCGCUCCCCCAGUCCCCAGCCCGGACUACGAGCCGAUCCGCACUGGGAACAGAGAGGUUUACAGCGGGCUGAACAAGAGAACAUGAAGCCCUUUAACCUGCCAGCUCAGAAUCCUGCACUGCUCUGGGGAGACAAUGAAGAGAGAUGGGAAAGAUUGCUUAUCCAUCAAUCAGCCUUCAUUUUUUCAUGAUAGUUUUGCUCUUUUCAUCGUAAAUUUCCACCUUGCUGUAUUUUCUGAAGAUUGCUGGUUUUAUCUUCCAAUUUUGUAUAUGUGUUUUUGUUGUGCUUCUUGUUUGUUAAGGUAACUGAAAGCAACUUUAUAAAACGCAGACUUCUUUCAUUUAAAAAAAAAGAAAUCAAGAGACUCCAAAUUAGACCUCUAACAUCGAGAAACACUCGAUGCAAUAAAAAGAAAUGAAUCUAUGAAAGAGCAGAAACACAUCUCACCGAACAGCAAUAAUAUUUCUCUCUUUGGCUGCUGAUUCUCAGCUCUGCAGCGCUUUGUGGAAACAGCGCGUCUCUUGUGACUCUCAUGAAACUGCUGUUUGUGUGGCCACCUUUUAGAAGAUAGUUUCCAUCCUGGAAGAAAGGAAGAAAAUACUGUGUUUGCAAAAGUCUUUGGAGUGAGUCAUUCAGCGUGUAAGAAAUGCACAUUCUGCAUCAUAAAAAUAAUUAUAAACACUCCA